AGAUGCAUCCACGCGAGGUCAGACUAGUUGCGAAUCGGUGCCAGAGACGGGCAUGGACACUAAGACUCCGCCGAUCCCGUUGAAGGUCCAGGAGAAGCCGAAACCGAAACCGAGACAGCAGGAAACCGUGGCCGACGUGUCCUUGCCCCCACUGACACCGUACAGGAAUCAUCGUCCGAAGCAGAAAAUCCCCGGGACUCAGUGGUCGCGUGAUGCACCUACCGCCAUACGGUAUCAGGAUCAGCAGAAAAAAAGGCCUUACAGAGUGCUGCAAAUCGGCGCAACGCCGUUGAUGCAUGCUUGCCAACAGGGUGACAGAUCGAGGGUUCUAAGAUUAUUGAAAGACCAAGAGGAGACGAUCGGCUACAGGGAUCGGACGCUGAGGAGCGCUCUGCAUUAUUGCAUGGACGCUGGAACCGGAGGUGCCGUCGCCGCGGCGGCACCGGAACUGGUAAACGCGCACGACGCUGAGGGACACACACCCCUUCAUUUGGCAGUUAUCGCCGGUGACACACAAUUGGUGGCCGUUCUGCUGGCGAACGGCGCUGACGUGAACGCCAAGGACUUGGAGGGACACAGUGUUCUUCACUGGGCUACCGUGUGUGGGGAAGCAGAAUGUGUUCGAUUGGUGUUGGCAGCGGGUGCACGUCCAUCGACGCCUGAUCUUCGCGGAGGAUCGCCACUUCAUUAUGCCGCACAAUGCUGUGGUGCAGCAGCCACAGCGGAGCUGGCUGUGCCUAAAAAAGUGGGUUUGAAGGUUCUCCAAACUCUUUUGGAGUUUGGCGCCGACGUGAACGCGAAAGACGAGGAUGGAAGACAGCCAAUUCUAUGGGCAGCAAGCGCCGGUAGUGUUGAAGCUGUCUUAGCAUUAGCUAGAGCCGGUGGUUCAGCUGCCGCAGGAGCUGCAGACAAGGACGGCCUUACGGCUCUCCACUGUGCCGCGUCCAGAGGGCACGCUAGGUGCGUGGAAGCUCUGGUUAACUUAUGUGGUGCUCACCCUGACCAUGUGGACGAUAAUGGUUGCUCGGCGUUGCAUUACGCGGCUACUCUCGGUCACGCUGACGCCACGGCUUUGAUCCUGAAAUUAGGGGCCGAUCCUAAUCGGCAGGACCGAAAGGGUAGAACACCAGCUUUGUGUGCAGCGGCCAAGGGUCAGCUCGAGACCUUGAAAAUUCUAGCGCAACACGGUGGUUCCCUUUACGCGAGGACAGUGCGUGGUACCGGGGUCGCGCACGAGGCGGUAGCUUCCGGUAGAAUUGAGCUGAUAAAAUGGUUGGCGAAGAAACGCCCGGGUACCUUGGACGUGGCCACGCACGACGGCAAGACACCUUUGCACGUGGCUGCACUCCACGGUCACUUGGACGCCUGUAAGGUUCUUUUGGAUAACAGCGCGCGAAUCAACGCCGUUCUUCGCACCAGUAAGGGCAAUCUGAUGACGGCUCUGGACGCUGCGCUUUAUAGAGGGCACAGGGACUGCGCGAAGUUGAUUCAGAUGCACGGUGGGACCACAGCGCAUCAGCUGAAAAUGCAGAAGACUGUGCCGAAUAAAGUGUUUGCAGCGAGAUUGCAAAUGAGGCGCGUGGACAGCAGCACUGACACUGAGAGCAGUCCUGGUAGACGAAUCCGCGGUUACAAACUGCCGGAUCUCUACUACGAAGAACAAUGGAUCGAGAAAAGAACACGACGAAGGGGGAACCUGAAGAAAUUAGUUCGUCGGGACAGUCGCAGCUUCAGCGAAGAGGAAGUUAGAUUGUCGAAAACGUCCUCGAAGAAGGACCACCAAAGGAGAGCUCGGAGUGAAUCGGCACGAUAUGACGAAGACGAUACGGAUCAAAAGUUGAGGAGAAGAAGAAGUAAAAAGCGAUCAUCGAAAUCUAAAUACGAUUCUAGCGAGUCUACGUUAGAUUCAGAUAGUUGCGAGCCAGCGGAGGAUUGGUCGAGACACAAAGCCGAGUCACGAAAGGACGACAGUAAAACGGACAAAAGCAACGGUACCGAAGACAGGGAGGAAUCAAAAAAGGAGGAGGACGAGGAAAGCGUGAGCGACGACAGUCUGGAAGUAGUAGUGGUAAAAAGAUCCCUGGAAAAGAAAUGUGAGAAAGUGGUAUCUGGAAGAACAUCGAAAACGCCCAGGGAAAGUUCGAAGGAGACGAAAUUUACGAAAACGCAUAGAAGCACAAGAAGAAAAUUGAAGUCGAGUCGGUCGAAAACUUCUACUAAUGGAGAUAGUACGACCGAUCGAAUGCAAUCAUCUGAUAAAGGACAGAAGGAGUCUGAGGUUCGCGAACGUAGCACGCCGAGGACUUCGAUCGACGAGGAUAAGGAGAUCCGAGAAAAGGUAAUUGAAAGUCGAUAUCGAAAGGAUAUAACUGACAGCACAAGCCAAGAAACUGUGGAACGUGUGGUAGUGACAGCCAUGGUACAUAAGGAUCAAGCACCGGACACACCUAAAUCGAUACUGGAAAUUUCGAAGGAAGUCACUUUUGAUGAUCGAUUAAGGACAGAGGUGAUUGAGACGGAAGAUGUGUCCAGGGAUGCUAGUUCCAGCGCGCACAAAGUGGAUGAUAUCGUGGAGCAAACUGGUGUAUCUGGUAGCAAUCUUGUGACGAAGGCAGCUAGUUUGAAGAAAGGCGUGGAAGAAAUGAGGCAACAAGUCACGCAGGAGAAGACACAACGUGAAGGUGAUAGAAGGCGAAGUAGGGAUGAAGGAGCUAAAGGGGAGGCGCAAGAGAAGAAGGAUCGGAGACGAAGUUUGGGUGAAAGGGAUGCAAAAGACGAUUGCAGUGCAAGUGAUGCUAGAAAUGAAGGAGAUGAAAAGGAUAAAUCGUCUACUGAAAAGAAGGAAAAAGAGGGACAGGAUGGUGAAGAUGCGAGAGACAGGUUAGACGCACACACGACGACCGAGACGGAAAGUCGCACGCAGGACUCCCAGAAGGACGAUCGCCGUACGCAAACUCAACAGGAAAACGAUCUCACAUCCAAGUCCGAAGGAACAACGCCGAAAUCUCACGAAACUCCCAACAAAGAGUCCUCAAACGAAAAAACAGACGCAUCUGACCGUUCUAAAGAAGAACCAGAAGAAUCAGAGGAGACGAGCAAAUCCAAUAGUCUGAAGGAUCAAGGAGAUUCUUACAAAGAUGAUUCAACUCCAAGAACGGUUGUAGAAGACAUUCUACCGUCAGAGGAAGAGGAAAAGAAAUCAACGCCAGUUGAGACCGGGGGUAAAUCAAAAAGUAGACAAGACAGUGUCAAAAGGAAGCCUUCGAUCGACGAAAGAAAAUUGAAGUCAUCUUCGAGGCAAUUGGACGGAAGCGCCAGUCCUCAUAAGAGCAGUCGUAAACGAAGAGAAUUCAGUAAAAAACAAGAAUCAUCCACGAAGAAGAUUCUUCUAAAGUCAUCGUCAGAGAAAAGAAGUCAAGACUUUGUGAAGGGGACUUCGGAGUUACAGAAAGCUGAGAAUGAGACUGCUGAAUCUCCGACAAAAGUGACACAAGGUAUUUCGAUAGAGGGUUCGAGCAAGGAUUCACCAGACGACAAGGACCAAGCAGAUUCCGCACGUGGCAAGUCGGUAGAUAUUUCAUCGGCUUCGCGAGAUUCUGCGUUAAUGGAAGAAAUGGACGAUCGAUCGUUAAGCGUUGAUACACCAGUUGCUACGAAAAGAAAGCUGUCUAGCGAGGAAGAAGCUGCUCUGGAGUCGUCGCUAACGAAGACUAAUGUGGAGGACCAGACUGAAGAAACUGAUGAUGCGAAGAAGAGUAAGAAACGUUCUGUCGAAGACGCGUUAACCGUGGGAAACUUUCGGUACAUAGACGAAAGUUCCUCAAGUUCACCGAAAUCGGCUCAAAUGAGACGAUCAAGACCAUCCACGGGAAAGGCCAGAGUCAGCGGAAGAUCGUCUUCAAGAGCAUCCACGAAAAAGAGUUUAUUUGAGAGCUCGGAAGAACGGUCUCCCGACAGGAGCGCCAUAGUCGCGGUCAUCGAGAGUCCGGAGUGGGACGAAGAGGACGAAGAGAUCGCAAAGGAGAUCAGGGACGCGAUUGGGGAUGACGAUGAACAUGAGACGGAGCCGGAAGAAGACAAUGAAAUCGGAGUUGUGAGAGUACUACCGAGUACGAGCGAGGAGGAAACGUCACGGACGGGUCCUGAUGGCAGGACUACAGUCACCCACACUUUACCUCAAGUGAAAUCCAGCACUCGUACCCGUUUGACAAGAAUUCAAAGCCCUCAAGAAAGUAUAAGCAAUCGGCUGCAAGGAAAGCAACGUCAUGACAGCGGCGGUAGAGACAGUGGCAUCGAACCCAGUCCGAGGGUAUCGCGGAUACCAAGAAGAAGAAUCAUGAAAUGCUGUCCUAACACCGACAAACAGCAAGCUCUGAAUAUGGAAACCAUAACGAGAGACGUGCAGAUCAGCUUACGACGAUAUCACCUGGAAAGGAAAAUUUUUUUCCAAUUAAUGGAACUGAAGAGAUUGCAAAUCCGACAUGGCAGAGCGAACGAGCAUGUUCUGGUUAAAAGACAGGUCGAUGCCUUCCAUAAAGCGGGAAUGUCUGGACCUACUCUCGGCGUGGCGAAAUACGACCAACCCUUAACCUUCAGACACUUCGAAUCCUUUCUGUACGAUCAACUAAGGAAACUCCAAAGAAGGCCAGCUACUCCAGACUUCUGCACAGAAGCGAAACAGUGUACCCAGAAAACUCACCGCUGUCAUCACGCGACAAGUGCUUACACUUCUUUUCCCGUGUAUACAUAUCUAGGUGGAGGCGGCCAAGAACCAGCGGAUCUUCUUCCGAAGAUAGAGAGCCGUGGAAAGGGACAAAUGACGGUGGAGGUAACGCACGGAGAAGAAAAGCAGAUAAUAGCUCUUCCGGCUGAAAGACUGGACCGUACGAAGAAAUAUUACGUGACGUUCACUGUCAAAGGGGAAGCACACGAAACGGAGAAACCUAAAUCAUCGGUCGGUAUCCAAAGAAAUGCCAAAAGCGUUUGA